UUUGAAGCUAAAGCACCGAUUGCUCAGAAAAGAAAUUAUUUCAGGAGUCAGAAAAAAAAUGCAAAGUUAUGAUGAGGCAACUGCUUUCCUGGGAGAAUGGGGGCCAUACCAGAGGACAAUUUUCUUUUUCCUCAGUCUGACUGUUGUUCCAAAUGGAUACACAGUCCUUUCUAUGGUGUUUCUGGCAGAUAUUCCUCAGCAUCAUUGUCGUCUGCCUAACUCUUCAAAUGUGAUGAUCGGAGAAACUUCCUUUCUUAAUCUAAGUUUACUGCUACCUGUGGAAGAAGUGGGUGAUGGACAAAUGUACAGUAAAUGCACCAGAUACAAGACUGAAAUGAAAGACAGUUUAAAUGAUACAAUGCCUGAAAUAGAGCCCUGUAUUGAUGGCUGGGUGUACAAUACAGACAGAUACAUCUCUACAAUUGUCACUGAGUGGGACUUGGUGUGCGACAAUGGCUGGAAAGGACCAUUUACCACAUCAAUCUUUUUCCUGGGAGUAUUGUGUGGCUCGAUUAUUUCAGGACAACUUUCAGACAGGUAUGGAAGAAAAGUUGUUCUCUUUGGAGGCGUAGCCUUACAGACAAUCUUAAGCUUAAUUCAGCUGACCUCUCAGAGUUGGGAAAUGUUCUGCGUGCUGUACUUUUUUGGUGGUGUUGGAGAUAUCGCACAUUAUGUAGCUGCUUUCGUUCUUGGAACGGAACUCCUCAGAAAAUCUGAGAGGAUUGCUUACACAUCCCUUGGCGUGUGCACAUUUUAUGCCUUUGGUUACAUGCUUCUACCACUUUGUGCAUAUUACAUCCGAGACUGGAGGAUGUUACUGCUCACUUUGACUCUCCCGGAGAUUCUAUAUGUCCCUCUUUGGUUGUAUGUACCUGAAUCUCCUAGGUGGUUGCUCACACAAAGUCGUGUGGAACAAGCUGAAGCUAUUUUGAAAGAUGCUGCUCGGAAAAAUGGCAUUACAUAUCCUGGGCCAAUAUUUGAUACAACAUACAGUAGAAUGGAUCCUGUGGACAGGAAUAGGCAUGAACACAAUUAUUUGGAUCUGAUUAUAAGAGCUGACAAAAGGAAUGUCACAAUCCUUUCUUUCUUUCUCUGGAUGAUUGGUAGCAUUGGAUACUAUGGACUAUCCCUCAAUACUCCCAACAUGCAUGGGGAUCCCUACAUCAACUGCUUCAUCUCUGCGGCCAGUGAACUCUUGGUAUCUGUGAUUGUCUGGUGGUUGAUGCGAGCCUCACCUCGACGGAUCACCACUGCUUCUAUGUUCAUACUUAGCGGAGGUGUUCUCCUUCUGGUCAAGUUUGUUCCUUCAACUCUUCAAAUUGUGAUCACUCUAUUGUUGAUAAUUGGUAAAUCUGGUGCUACAGCAGUCUACACAAUCAUCUAUAUUUUCACAUCUGAAUUGUAUCCAACUGUGGUGAGGAAUAUGGGGCUUGGGGCAUGCUCCAUGGCUUCCAGAAUUGGCAGCAUCAUCUCCCCAUAUUUUGCAUAUCUUGUUGUACACAGUGAAAUAUUGGCCUUCAUGUUAAUGGGCAGUUUGAUGGUAACUGCUGGAUUAUUAAGCUUGUUGUUGCCUGAAACUCGUGACAAGCCUUUACCAGAGACAAUUCAGCAAAUGCAACCAAUGAGCUGCUGCUAUGGUUCAGUGGAAGGGAACUGCUGCAAGAUUUCCUCCUUCCAAACAACCGUACAGCAGACCAGUCAGUCUCAAGGUGACAUCACUUCUUCGGACACCUCAACAGCUGGACUAUAA